AAAGGCAACCCAGGAAGGAGCUAUAGUGGCAGAGACGGCUAAGGGUGUGAAUCUUGGUGCAGGAUGCAGGGACUAGAGGGACAGAAUUCUGCAACAACAACGGCGGCAGCAGCUGGAGGAGGAGGUCUCUAUACGCUGCCACCGACCAGAUUUUCAAGCGAAGAUAUACUAUUUUGCAUAGAUGUGGACCCUGAAUGCUUGGUGGAAAUGAAGGUGACCGGCCCCAAUGGCAGACCUUUUACCAGAUUGGACACCAUCAAGCAAGGCAUUCUUCUCUUCAUCCACUCUAAGCUUGCCAUCAACCCUGAUCAUCGUUUUGCCUUCACAGUUCUUGGAAAAUCCGUUUCUUGGCUUCGAAAAGAGUUCAGCGGAGAGGUAGACGCUGCGCUUUCUGCAUUUCGGGGGCUUUCUGCUGAUUCAUCAUCUUCUGGUCAAGCUGAUCUGACGCAGCUGUUUAGGAUAGCUGCUCAUGAAGCAAAGAAAUCUCGGGCACAAAAUCGAAUCCUGAGAGUGAUUCUAAUGUACUGUAGAUCUUCGGUACCACCACAACAUCAGUGGCUAGCCACUCAGAAAGUCUUCACCUUGGAUGUGAUCUACCUGCAUGACAAGCCUGGACCUGAUAAUUGUCCUCAGAAGGUGUAUGAUUCUCUUGUUGAAGCCCUUGAGCUUGUCACUGAAUAUGAGGGGUACAUUUAUGAGAGUGGCCAGGGGCUAACUCGCAUCCUGUUGCGCCACAUGUGUAUACUGUUAUCUCACCCUCAGCAGCGGUGUGUGCAAGAUGAUGUUGAUGUGCCUAAGUCUCUCACAAAGAAGUCACCUACGACUGAGUCGGCAUCUGUUGAUGAAAGUGCUCCUGUGUCCAGUCAAUAACAGAAAAAGAUCAAAAAAAUGCGAAAUAUGUGCCAUGGGUGCCAUGCCUGCUUUUAGGCAUCCUUGAAUUGGCUUGGCAUUAUCUGUAAUUCUAUGUAGUCUCUAACCAUUUGUUCAUUGAACUUUUUUUUUUUCCCCGUAUGUGGUAUAGUACACACGUCUGUAAUGCAAAGCAUGUAAAGUUUCCGAUCAUUUUCCAUAUUUCAAAUUCUAGACUUGAUCUAUUAUUAUGGCAAUGAAGUUAUUGUAGUUUGGAUUACCA